AUGCGCGAGCUGCGCGACCUCGACCAGAAGGCCGAAGCGGAGACCGAGGCCAAACGCCGUCGUCAAGAGUCUCUCAAAGGCGACCCCGAGACCGCCCUCUCCCAACUCCUGCUCGAAUGCGAGAAGGAAGUCCGCGACGCGAAGGCCUACAUUGCAGAUAACGGGCCCCCCCUCAAGAUUGUCCGCGUCCGCACCGGCGAGACGGCUCCCAAGGGCGCCACAUACCUCUCGCGCCCCAAGAACACCGGUGUCGACUUCACCGUCCCGCUUGCCACCAAGGCCUACACCGACAUUGUCAAGAGGCCCAUUUUUUUGAACCAGAUCAGGGACAAGAUCAAGGCCAAGGGCUACGCGGCGUCCGAGGACUAUCUCGAGGAUAUGCGCCUGCUCGCGCGAAACACGGCCGCGUUUAACAAGGGGCCCAAGCUCUCUUGGGUUGUUCAGCACGCUCGCUUCUUGCUCGAGGCUGCGGAGGACUCCGUCACCGCCCGCCGCCGUCUGUUUUACGACGUCGAGGAUACCCUACGUCAGCAUAGCAUCUCCAGGCAGAAGGCCGGCAGCUCACUCCAGUCGGUCGGAAAGCGAAAGCGCGCCUCCGCGGGGACCGCUAUGGACACCAAUGGCGAUUCGAAGGGCUUUCCCACCGUGGGCACCACCAUCGAGCUGUACUGGCCAAACUACAGAAAGUGGUUUGCGGCCACGAUUCAGGCGUGCCAAGGCGCAAACGUGCACGUCGUGUACGACGAGGAUGGUACCGACCAGUGGGUCAAUCUUGAGCAUGGGCUUAAGUGGCGUGUGAAGGCAUCGCGGGGCGGCUCUGCCAAGGGGAAACGCGGCGCGGCGAGGCAUGUAGAGACGCCGGCCACUAAAAAAAGGAAAGCCGCAGCGGCGCAGCAUGAUAUGCCGGUUCUUGUAAGUGGGGGGGCUUCGCGGGAUGACUUCCACGCGUUUAGUACCGAGGUACGAUCCAUGGUGGACGAUUUGAGGGACACUAUCACGUUGAGACUGUCGCGACACUUGUCGGCCGUGGAGCGCUCUGUGCAUCGAUCGGACCAUUUGCAACGCGUUUUGCUGGCUGUUGAUGAUACGCGCAGCGAUAUGAAGGUGUUUAUGGAGCAAGUGGACAUGCGAGUUGCAGGCAUAGAACGAUUGCUAGCCAAGGUGCAAGUUGCCAGUCCCAAGGGCAACGUGGAGCCGGUAGAGGUCCAAGACGUGGAAGCUGUUCAGGACAAGGCGAAAUCAGUCAGUAAAGAGGGCGGAGAGGAAGACCUUCAAGAGAUGCAUGAUAAAUCGCCAAAACCGGAGGUUGAAGAGGUCAUUGAGAUUGAUGAUGCCUCCGCGGAUAGGCCGGAUGAUGUCCAGUUGGUCAAGAGCGAAAAGGCCGCUGCCUCCAAGCCGGUGGAGACCGACGACCUAACCCCUUCCAAGAACGACCACGACUCUGAAACCAGCCCAAAGAGAGCCACUGCCGAACCGGAUACAGAGCCAAAAGAUGCCGAAGGUGCGGCCAAGGCAGGGGGGGAUGAAUCUCCUGAUAAACCGAAACCGUCAAGCGAUCAAGAGGAGGACGAGGAAGAAGUGAGACCUCCAGCUGAAAAGGAGCCAACCAAAAAGAAACCAGGAGAAGAAAAACCCGUUGUCGAAGAUGAGACAUCAAAAGCUGGCCAAGGGGAUGGGGAAGCGGAAGCUAGGGAAGCAGAUGCCGAGAAUGCGGAGCCCAUGGAAGUAGAGCCCAAGACGCAAAGGAAUAAGAAUGUUGUUGAGAGGGAUCCAGAAUCAACUGUCGUUCCAGAAGUUCGCUCAAGUGGGUCAAAGCCUGUUGAGAAGGAUGGAUCAGGGAUGGCUGUGAUGAAUGACAUUGACGAGUCGGAAUCCAAGGACGAACCUCGCGGGGACGUUUCAAAGGAUGAUGGCGAAGGAAAGGCCAAGGAAGUGUCGGGCAGUGACAAGAAGGCAGUCACCGAAGCAGAGGCUGUCAAAAAGGAUAGAUUGGCAGCGGCAGGCAAGACGCUGACCCAUAAGAAAGUGCCACGACGGGAGAAGGACGCUGAGGAAUCGAGCGACGCAUCCGAUGGGUCGGAUGAUUCUGACGGUUCUGACAGCUACUCGAGUUCAGAUGAGGAUGAGCCUGCAAGUGGUGAAAAAAAGGUCAGUGAAAAAGCCUCUGCUGACGUCGGAGGAAAGAAACCGCUGGAAGUACGACAGAAAGUUGAUGUGUCCGUCGAAGACGAUGGGUCAGGGAGCGACGAAGUGGGCUCAAAGCAGCCGGAAAAGCAACAGCCCGAAAAGCAUCAGCCAGAAGAGCAACCGUCCGAAGAGCAACCGUCGGAAGAGCAACAGCCGGAGAAGAAACAGCCGGAAGAGCAGCAGCCGGAAAAGCAAAUAGAAGGAUUGAACAAGACGCGGACGGAGGAAGAGGAGGAUGAGAAAAUGACUGAGGCACCAUCCUAAGGCAAAGCCUCGCCGGAGGAAGGAGAUCAGAGGGGCAAGGUGACGGAAGAUAAGGACAGUGCAGACGGGUCAGGGUCUAACAUGGACGUUGAACCUGCGUCCUAAGGUAUUCGGCCUCUGUGUAGAGGCCAGACAUCAAGAGAAGGGGAUGGUAUCGCAUGUAGCUCGGGGUUUCGUAGAGCGAGAAAGCGAUAAGUAAACUAACCAUUAACUAA